CGGCCCCCCUUCCCUUUCUCCCCCUGGGUUCACUUCACAUUCCUGUGAACCGCCGCGAGAGGUUACCAUCACCGUCACCGAAAUGGGGAAGAGAGGCAAAAAAAUGGAGGUCGAAGGCGAGGGAGAAGAACGAAACCCUAGUUCCAAUGGAGAAGCCGAGCAUCGCCAUGGCCUCAAGGACAAGAACGAGGAGAAAGAGAAGGAGGGCAGUUUCUUGCUGGGCUCGCCGACGUUCGUGGAGAUCGGGAAUGGGCGAUUCCGGUGCGUGGAGACGGGCCACGAGCUGCUCGCCAGGGAUAAGGACUCGUACGCCCGGUCCAAGGCCUGCCGGCUCGCCCUUAUCGAUGCUGCCAUCGUCCAGAAGAAGCCCCCGCUCAAUAUGUUCCAACCCCAUCCUCUCUCCAAGUCACAGCUGGUUUGCAAGAUGACAGGAGACACAGUCAAUAAAACGGAGGAGCACAUCUGGAAGCAUAUUAAUGGAAGAAGAUUUCAGAACAAACUAGAACAAAAGGAAGUGGAAAAGCUGGCCUCAGCUGAAGUAGUGGAAAAAGAUGCAAAACAAUCAAAGAAGUCAUCAAAAUCAAGCACAAAAGCAACGAAAAGGGAUCAGAAGAAAAAGGAUGGUGAGAAUGCUCCUCCGACAAGGAAAAGCAAUGCAAACAACAGUGAUUCAGAAGAGCCUGAUUUCUGGGUCCCUCCUAUUGGAAGUCGUUGGGAUUUUGAUGAUGGAAGAGAUCGCUGGGAAUCUUGUACAAGCUCAAGCCUUGAAACAGGUGAUGGCACUGGUUUAGAUAAAGUGAAGGAAAAGGAUGAUCCUGAAUCAGGGGAACUCACCAUGCAGACAAAGCGUAUGUCAAUAGCUGUGGGCCCAAGCAGCUUUGCUUCAAGGAAAAAGAAGAUUAAGAAGGCAUCUGCAAACCCUCAGAAUGAUAACUAAAAUAUAAAGAGGUUGUUCACUGAGAUCAAUCAUUCAUGGGUCAUCAAAUCACCUAGAUUGUUCGAGCUUGUCAGGUGUUUAUCAGAUAUGAAUUGAAACUUAUAUAUAGAUUGAUCAAUGGUAAACUAGUUGUUGUUGCAUUAUUACAGGCCAUUUUGCUUGACUGAUUUUCUUAUCUAUAUGAAUCCCUCAAGUAUAAAAACUUUCUAAGAGAUGGAACCAUAUGUAUUAUUAGUGAUGAUGCAUCUCCAACUGCAUUUGAUCAGUUAUCAAAUGAUCCAUAUUCAACUUGA